UCUGUUUUGCAGGGGCAAGGAAGGCCCUGAGAGAGAUUUGUUUCUCCACAAGAGUUGUCUGGAGCUGGGGAGCACCAAGUGAUGCAGGGGCACGGCUCCACUUUGUCCCUGUGAUCAGAUCCUCCUUGUCCACACGAUAAGAAGCAGCCUUUCAUCUCUCCCAGGGUGAAAGGCAAUUUGCAUUUCAAGAGGUCAGGACGAAGCUUUUUCUCUUUACCAUCCGAAAUUCGUUAUUCAAAGUCUAUUUGGAAACAAAACAACACAUGCACGGGAAGAUGGCCUCUGCAGGCUCAAAUUAACUGUUCCUGUCAUCCCUGAUUUCCCUGGCUGCUGCUGUUGGAUGCGGAUCGAGGAGGAGGAGGAGGUACAGGCACUGCUGGAGAUGUGAGAGGAGCAAACCUGUGAGCUCCUGGCUGUGGCUGGAGCUGCUCCAGGGCUCGGGGGUCUCCCCUGGGAAUUGAGGGGCUUUGCACCCCCCUGCCCUGCACAAGCUUGGCUUAGACAGGGCUGGCCGUGAAUGGGGAGCGCCAGGCUGAGCUGUCCGCCGCUGUUUGCUGCCCUGUCGCUCAGAUUUCGGGGCGUGUGGAGGUGUUCGCUGGCAGAGGGGGAUGGCUGGGGUGGGAUGUGAGUGGAGAAGGAGGAGGGAGGUGGUGAAAUCACCCCUGAGCCGGUAUCAGCGUUGAUUUGUGCACACAUGGCCGGUCCUGUGUGGCAGUGGGUGCCUGCUGGAGCCCUGUGGGAAUGGCUUGGGCAUCGCUGGCAGGAAAAGCUGGGAUUUUCCGCUUUUUUGUGGGCUGAGCAAUGAUUAAUAAAACCUGACUCGGCUGGAAGGGCAAGGAAAAAAACAACAAUACAGGACAUUUCUGGAGAUGGUCCUAAUCCAGCAUCUCGGAGCCAAAUGAAUCAGCAGCUUCUUAUUCUGCCAGCAGGAUUAGUCAAUGUUCAUCCAGGCUCCUGGGAAGUGAGGAGUUUGGUUCAGUGGCUUGGAGAACACCACGUCCCUUCGGGAGCUGAGAUGCUCCCCUCGGCUUGGCUGUCUCUAAAGAACCACCCCUGGUGCUAUUCCCGGGGCUGUGGAGUGGGGAGAAGCAGCUCCUGGGGGGAAUCCCUGUGGGGGGCCAGGAUGGGCUCGGUGGGGGCCGAGCGCUUCAAGGAGCUGAGCCCGGCGGCGACGCCGGAGGGGAACGUGGUGAUGAGCUUCAGCUUCGACAGCUACCAGCUGGAGGAGGAUGAGCUGCAGCGGGGCAGCCAGGCCAAGGGUGUCCUCACCUUCAUGGAGCCAGUUUCUGAGGACCCCGAGCCCCAGGAUCGAUACCAUGGGAUUUACUUUGCCAUGCUGCUGGCUGGGGUGGGAUUUCUCCUGCCCUACAACAGCUUUAUCACUGAUGUGGAUUACCUGCACCAUAAAUACCCAGGGACCUCCAUCGUCUUUGACAUGAGCCUCACCUACAUCCUGGUGGCCUUGGUGGCCGUCAUCCUCAACAACGCGCUGGUGGAGCUGCUGAGCUUGCACACCCGGAUCUCCGUGGGCUACCUCUUCGCCCUGGGGCCCCUGCUCUUCGUCAGCAUCUGCGACGUGUGGCUGGAGCUGUUCAGCCGCAGACAAGCCUACGCCAUCAACCUGGUGGCUGUCGGGGUGGUGGCCUUUGGCUGCACAGUGCAGCAAUCCAGCUUCUAUGGCUACACGGGGCUGCUGCCCAAGCGCUACACGCAGGGAGUGAUGACGGGCGAGAGCACCGCCGGGGUCAUCAUCUCGCUCAGCCGCAUCUUCACCAAGCUGCUGCUGUCAGACGAGAAAGAGAACACCGUCAUCUUCUUCUUCAUCUCCAUCGGCAUGGAGCUGACGUGCUUCAUCCUGCACCUCCUGGUGAAGCGCACCCGCUUCGUGCGCUACUACACGGACUCUUCCCGCAAGGGCCUCCCCGAGAGCCGCGGGGCCGCCGGCACCGGCUACCGCGUCCACCACGACGUCACCUCUGAGGACGUCCGAUUUGAAAACCGGGAGCAGGGGCAGCUGAGUUCCCCCCGGGGCAGCCCCGGCGCCGAAGCUGAGCUGGCUGGGAGUGGCACCUACAUGCGCUUCGAUGUCCCUCGGCCCAAGAUCAAGAGGAGCUGGCCCAGCUUCCGAGACAUGCUGCUCUACCGCUACGUCGUGUCCCGCCUCAUCUGGGCCUACAUGCUCUCCAUCGCCAUGACCUACUUCAUCACGCUGUGCCUCUUUCCCGGGCUGGAGUCGGAGAUCCACAACUGCACGCUGGGGGAAUGGCUCCCCAUCCUCAUCAUGGCCAUCUUCAACCUCUCUGACUUUGUCGGCAAGAUCCUGGCUGCCCUGCCCUACGACUGGAGAGGGACCCACCUCCUCGUCUACUCCUGCCUCCGCGUGGUCUUCAUCCCCCUCUUCAUCAUGUGUGUCUACCCCAACGGGCAGCCCACCUUCGGCCACCCCGCCUGGCCCUGCAUCUUCUCCCUCCUCAUGGGCAUCACCAACGGCUACUUCGGCAGCGUCCCCAUGAUCCUGGCCGCAGGCAAAGUGAGCCCGGAGCAGCGGGAGCUGGCAGGGAACACCAUGACCGUGUCCUACAUGACGGGCUUGACGCUGGGCUCGGCCGUGGCCUAUUUUGCCUACAGCCUCACCAGUACCUCCCACAGCACCUGUUUCUACACCGAAACCUCCAACGGCUCCUUUACCUCGGGGUACUGAGCCCUGGGGCGGGGCAAUGGGGACGGGAUGGGUCCUGCUUCCCACCGUGGUCCCCAGCACCCCACAUCCCUCCUCCAGGAGGGAGCCUGGAGCCAGAAAUCCACCCCAGCAUGGACAAGGACUGUGGCACAGGGCUGUGGCAUUCCAAAACGGCCUGUGCUGCCCAGCCAGGCACUGUGCAGGGCCACUGCUUGGGGUGACAUUCCUCCCACCCCAGGGGACAGUUCUUGUUGCUUUUGGGGGUCUCCUCAUCAGCAAUGUGCAGCUCUCCAGUGAGGGCUGGGGAUCUUCUGUUUGCACCAAGCCAUUGACAGGAGGAAGAAAAUACUGCCAAAUCCCAAAGGGAAUAGGACCAGCACUGGGGAGGAGGGUGAUGGAGGGCUGGUGAGGAAGAAGAGGAAGGAAAUGCUCCUUCAGUCCCGGUGGCUCUGGGAAGGUGGGUCUCAACUUCCAUUGAUGGUGCUGCAGGUUUUCACCAGGAAUGGCUUGAAAUCACAGUCCCUCCCUAAAUACUCAAAAUAUGAUGGUUGGGGAAGAAAAAGGUGGGUUUUUUAAUUGUGUCUAGUUUUACCCCCCCUAACUGCAGCAGAGGCAGGGCCUUGCCUCCCCCCACCCUACACUGUGAAUCUGUCCCAUUGCAAGGGGUAGAGGGGGGGUCCCAAGGCUACAGCACUGCCAGUGCCACCUGCAGGCCACUGCUGAGCUUCAAGAUUUAUUGCACAGGACAUAAGUGAAGCUGAUUAAAUAAUUAAAUGUCUUUGCAACGAUGAUUGGUCCUUAGCUGUGCCACUGGUGGCACUUGACUACUGGUCAUGGGCUGGGCUGGCAAACACACACAGGGUGGUGCCUGCUGCCUGUCCUGGUGGGUCUUGGGGUGCCCCUUGCGCUGCUCCCCCAUCUUCAGGGUCCCCUUUGUCACCUGGGGUGGCUGAACAUGUCAGUGGGUUACACCAAACCCCUGCCAGCCUGCAAACUGCUGUGGGCAUCCCACGGGAGAGGGAACAGGCCAAGAGGAGCAGAAAGCAGCAGGAGAAGGUGCCAACACCACGUUUUGGAACCAGCUGCACCUCGCUGUGCCAACUGGCAGGUGCCACAUCCCAGGGAAUGAAGCCCAAGGAGCCAGAGAGUGCCAGGCCUGGCCCCGACCCGGCCCCCACGGCACGGGAGGGUCUGGCCAUGCCAAGCUCCUGCCUGUAUGAAGUGCAGCCACACCAAAAAGAGCAAAUCCAGCAUUUCAUUCUCAGCACAUGGUGCCCUGAGCAUGGUGGCAGGGGGAGGACUCGCACCUCCAGCCCACAGGCCCUGUCCAGCAGACACCUCUGCUCCAGUGUCCAGUCCUGUGCAUCGGUGCCACCACGUCACACAGACAGGUUCUCCCCAAAAGCCACCAGGCACCUGCGCUGUGUCUUUCUCCAGGGCAGGUGCCAAAAAGCCAUCAUUGCCACCAAGGGGAGAAAAACCCUGUGGUCAGGACAAGCGAGACAAAGAAAGAUGCUUCGGUGGGUUGCUUUUUUUCAAUUAGAUUUUUUUUUUUUUUUAUGAAAAAAGAUCACACGGAGUUCUCCAACAAACAGAAUGCCAAAAAAAUUGUUUUAAACAAAACAUAAACAAAACAAAACAAAAAAGACAAAAACCUGGCUCUCCUUUCCUCUCGAUUGUCUGAAAUAUCCUUGUGUUCCAUAGAAGGCAGUGGGUUUUAAGUGCUUUCUAUUUAACAUUAGCAUAAAAUCUCUCUCGCGCGCUCUCUCUCUCGCUCUUUAAAAUAUGCUCACACAAUUUGCUUCUAGAAGUACAGUACACUUUGAGCGUGGGGGGUGUGCCUGUUCCCAGAUCAUUUACAAUCACAAUCCAACAGGAAAUAAAAAAUAAUAUUCUAAACGUCAGACUGUGUUCAUUUCUGCCGUUGUGGGUUUUUUUCUUUUUUUGUUUUUUAUAAUUUCAUAAUUUUUUUCACAGUUUUAAAAAGUUUAUAUUUAUAUAUAUAUAUUUAUAUUUAUAUUUAUAAUUAAAAAGUUGAAUCCAUUUAAAGACUUAUAAUACAGGAGGGCUAAAGAGUCUUUUGGUACAUUAAAACUGUACAGGCUAGAACCGUCGCUGUCCGCCGUGCCGAGGCGCCGGUGGCCCGGGGUGGAGAUGGUACGAGCUCAGCACCGUGUGGUUUGUUUAAAGGACGAGGGUAACUCCGUGGGGCUGUCCCUCACCCCUGAGCUCCGGCCUCCAGUCUCUGGUACGCAGCCAGGGUGGAGAGUUUCCAAUCUGUCCUUGGCUUAAGCGUCUCCCCACCAGAGCCUGGGCUGAGCCGGGCCCCGCUCCGCGUCCCGGCGAUCCGUAGUGCGAGUCGGGAGUUGCAAAGAUCAGUGCGUCUCUUGGAGUUUGUUUUAAGUGCAAGGAUGGUGUGUCGUCCUCCUCAGGUUCUCCUCUGGUGUUCCCUCUUGCCAGGUGUAAGCCUGGAGCAGCAGCGGCGGUGCCGCGGGUCUGGCGCAUGCCCAAGGGGAGCUCCGCUCCUCGGUGGAUGGAGGAGGCCGAGCUGCAGUCCCUGAGCCCGAGGUGGCAGCGGGGCUCUGGCUGGGGGAACGUUCACACACUGUCCCCGUUCCCUUCCAAUCAUGGGCAAGGCUUCCCAGCAGCUCCACGUCUCAGAGCAGGCAAGGCAUGGCAGGUAAAGCUGGGUGAGGGAUGCCAGACUCCAGUGGCCUCUGAUCUUCUCCAAGCACCAAGCAGCAGCUUUUCCCAGCUGUUUCCUGCCCUUCACUGCACGCUCCAAGCUGAGGUCUCAGUUUGCCACUUGUCACCGCCCUGGCCACCUGCUUGCUCCUUCCAGCACCUUUGCAUGGCAGAAGGGGUGCAGAGCUGCAGAGGGUUCAGACUAUUUG